UGCCUAUAUAAGAAGUGAGAGAGAGAGAGAGAGAGAGGAAUAGGAAACUAACAGGCAUGGAGGGGAGAACAAAAUGCACCAUUUUCACUCUCCAAUGGCUUUCCGCAGUUUCUAUUUUUGCCCUUCUACCCUUUUCCCACUCUCUAGACUACAAAGACGCUCUCUCCAAAAGCUUCCUCUACUUCGAGGCGCAGCGCUCCGGCCGGUUGCCGUACAACCAGAGAGCCACCUGGCGCCACCAUUCCGGCCUCACCGACGGCCUUGAACAAGGGGUGGACUUGGUCGGAGGUUACUACGACGCCGGCGACAACGUGAAGUUUGGGCUUCCAAUGGCGUUUACUAUUACCUUGUUGUCGUGGGCCAUGCUCGAAUACGGCGAAGAAAUUGCCAGCGCCGGCGAGUACCGCCACGCUCUGGAGGCGAUCAAGUGGGGGACUGAUUUCUUCAUCAAAGCUCAUACUCAUCCUCAUGUCCUCUGGAUUCAGGUAGGUGACGGCGACACGGAUCACUACUGUUGGCAGCGGCCGGAAGACAUGGCGACGUCGCGGCGAGCCUACAAAAUCGACGAGAGCCACCCCGGCUCCGACGUGGCGGCCGAGACCGCCGCGGCAAUGGCGGCAGCGUCGAUCGUGUUCCGAGAAACAAACCCGCAUUACGCGCACCUUCUCCUCGACCAUGCACAGCAGUUGUUCGAGUUUGGGGACAAGUUUAGAGGGAAAUAUGAUGAGAGCGUAGGAGCGGCGAAAGGGUACUACCCUUCGUUGAGUGGUUACAAAGAUGAGUUGUUGUGGGGAGCUUUGUGGCUAUACAAAGCCACCGACAAUGAAUAUUAUUUGAAUUAUGCCAUGGAAAAUGCACAAUCUUUUGGAGGGAUCACUUGGGCCAUGACCGAGUUCAGCUGGGACGUUAAGCACGCUGGCCUUCAAUUACUCGCCGCCACCUUGCCUAUAAAGGGGAAGAUGUAUGAAAAACACAGUGAAAUCCUAAAGGAAUACCGGGCCAAAGCGGAGCACUACCUAUGCGCCAAUCUGAACCAGAACAACGCCACCAACGUCCGCCGCACGCCGGGCGGGCUGCUCUUCAUCCGCCGCUGGAACAACCUCCAGUACGUGUCCUCCGCCGCCUUCCUUAUGACCAUCUACUCCGACCACCUCAGGUCCGCCGGCGACGUGCUCCGCUGCGAGCGGAGGCCGGUGGGGCCCGACGAGCUCUUCGCCUUCGCCAAAUCCCAGGUCGAUUACAUUCUCGGGCUGAACCCGACUGGCCGGAGCUACCUGGUCGGGUUCGGGCCCAAGUACCCGCUCCGGGUGCACCAUAGGGCCGCAUCCAUUGUAUCGUACAGACGCGAAAAGAGCUUCAUCGGGUGCAUGCAAGGAUACUAUACGUAUUUCGGGCGUAGAGACCCGGACCCGAAUGUGAUUAUCGGGGCGGUGGUGGGCGGCCCGGAUGCGAACGACCAGUUCGAGGAUAGAAGGGGAAAUUACAUGCAGUCGGAGGCAUGUACUUAUAAUACAGCGAGUCUUGUCGGAGUUUUUGCCAGGUUGUAUUAUAUACAAGAAAAUGGUAUUUCUAGAAGGGAUUUUUCGUUAGUUUCUUCUGGCUAGAGAAAUAGUUUUAAAAAAAAAAAAAAAUUAUUUUGGAGUAUUUUUUCCACGGUUAUUGUCACACUCACACGUAAAGGGGUAUUCACCCAUUAUUUGUAACUCCAUCCAUGAUAUAAGGGAGGAAGAAACUAAUACACAAGUAAAUUGUGAAGGGAAAUUUUAAUAUCCAAAUUUUGUAUGUGAUUGACGUAAUAAUUAUAUAUA